AUGAAUUUCAUCAAACAGCUGCUGUCAAUUAAGCAUGGGGCAAGGACAGCUAAGAAUUCAUGUAAAGGCGCAAGCUUCUGUAUUUCUCGUUCAAUUCAUGAAAGCAUGGUCGAAGUCAACUCCAAAGAGGAAGAAGUCGUCAUUGCCCUUGGAAGCAAUGUCGGAAACCGGAUUCGAAACUUUGAACACGCCUUAGAGCGCAUGAGAAAAUCCGGCAUCCAAAUAACUAGACACGGCUGUUUAUAUGAGACGGAGCCCGCCUACGUAAUCGACCAACCCCGUUUCCUCAACUCUGCCGUUCGGGCUAACACAAAGCUCAGCCCGCAAAAGCUCUUAGAAACCCUCAAAGAGAUCGAACGAGAAAUGGGCCGGACGGCUGGCAUCAGGUACGGACCCCGCCCGAUCGACCUAGACAUCCUCUUCUACGGGGACCAAACUGUCGACACAGACACACUCAGGAUCCCACAUGAGAGAAUCUGGGAGAGGCCUUUCGUGCUGGGCCCCUUGACCGAUGUAUUGGGCCACGACAUGGAGAAUGACGUGGUCGGAUUUUGGCACGACGCGUCGGGUUUUUCAGGCGGGAUUUUCGAGGCGUGGGAGAAAAUGGGCGGGGAAUCCAACGUGGGCCCAGGUGGAAUGAGGAGGGUUUUGCCAGUCGCGGGUGAAUUACGGGAUUGGUCUGGAAAAACAUGGGUCAUGGGUGUUCUCAAUGUUACCCCCGACAGCUUUAGCGACGGGGGCAAAUUCCUUGACGUGACAUCGGCCGUCGAUCGAGCUCGGUCGAUGUUGUCUGACGGUGCAGAUAUAAUCGAUAUAGGCGCGCAAUCCACGCGGCCCAUGGCAGAAAAGCUAUCUCCUGAGCAGGAACUGAGUCGUCUGAUCCCGGUUCUGGAUGCCAUCAGGGAUUUGCCUGAAAUUGAGGGAAAGCUGAUAUCAGUCGACACCUUUUACUCAGAAGUCGCCUUGGAAGCAGCCAAACAUGGGGCUGAUAUCGUGAACGACGUCUCGGGCGGGAGAUUAGACUCCGACAUGCUUAAAGUGGUGGCGGGCCUCAAAAUUCCGUACGUCGCCAUGCACAUGCGAGGGGACCCAUCUACAAUGCAGAACAGCGAGAACCUGACCUAUGGUGAUGUGUGCGUUGACGUGGCACGCGAACUGUGCGCGGGCGCUGGGGAGGCCGAGUUAUCCGGACUGCCAGCCUGGAGGAUGAUUGUGGACCCUGGGAUCGGAUUCUCAAAAAAUACGGAGCAGAAUUUGGAUAUAGUUAAUGGGUUGAAGGAUAUCAGGGGUGAGAUUGGGAAAUGGAGGUUGGCCGUGUCACGUGUGCCCUUGUUGUUAGGGGUUUCGAGGAAGAGGUUCUUGGGUGAGAUUUGCAGCCAGCCAAACGCGGCACAGCGGGAUGCUGCUACCGUGGCUUGUGUGGCAGCUGGGGUUUUUGGGGGUGCGAAUAUUGUGAGGGUGCACAAUGUGAGGGAUACUAGGGAUGCUGUUAGGGUCUGCGAGGCAUUGAUGCGGAGAAGGAAAUGA